AUGUAUUUUGGAGUCCUCUCCAAUGAAAGCUUGUGCACAAGUCUCCUAGUCAUAGCCUGUCUUCUCAUAAACUACAGCGCAUCGUUACAUAUCAAGGAAUCAAGCUCUUUUAUAAAUCCGGGAUAUUUUCAAAGAUGUGUAAAAAAUACGGUUCAAAUUUCAAGUUCUAACUCAUCUCAGCAGGAAGAAACUGACAAACCAGACGCAAAAAAGCGAAAGAAGAACCUUCUACAUCACCAAUUCGAUAAUUACAAGGAAUAUACGUCAUCAAAGACAAACUUGAACAAGAACCAAAGAUGGCACGAAAUUGUGGCAGAAGAAAUCGCAAAAAACCGCUCUUCAGAAGCAUAUGGCAAUUUCUCUGAAGAAAAGGACCCUAGUACUCUUCAAGCGCGUCAUAAUCCAUUACAUUCAACAAUAAAACCUGACAAGAAACCAUACGGCUAUCGACUAUCUCCGGAAGGAAGAUUGAAGCUAGAGGAUCGCAUUGAAAAUCUAAAGCUCGCUGCACAUUCAGAGCCAAUAACCAAGAAAGGAAAGAAACCAAUUCUCUGGAUAGUGAGACCAACUGCAGGUAACUACUGUGAACUUUUAAAGAAGGAUGAACCAAAAAUAAAAUCACUCGUAAAGCGUGUUAGGAGCUACUUUUCCCCUGAUCAACUGGACAUCAUGGUAAUGAAAUUAGAUGUUAAAAUGCCCUUGUGUGAAAUCUUAUUCGAGGGUGCAAUACCGGAUCUGGUCAGAAUAUUCUAUGCACGUGGAGGAACAUUACAGUAUUAUGUGCAACCACGCUUCUGGACAAGAUGUGAUUUACUUGAGAUGGAUCCUAGACUUGAGGCUAAAUAUGGAAAGGCAACGGCUCCCGGCCUAUUUCCGCGAUGGGAUGAAGAUGGCAUGGUUGAGGAAAUUGCAGAUUGCAUGGACACUCGUCCAGAUUACGCAAUGGAAUACAGAAUGCCAAAUGCCUGGCACGUUUUCCCAAUGCUGCCAGAAAAAGACAAAAAGAUCAUGGAAGCGUACUUUAAAAAUGUCCAUUGGCCAACUAGACUGAGAGUGCAAAAGGCAUUUGAAAAUGGUAUAGAAGACUAUCGUGAAAUUAUCGCAGAAGAAUAUAGAAGGAUCAAAUACAUUGACAUAACUCAGGAAGAUAUCCUUGACCAAUGGCUGUAUGUUUAUGUACCAAGAUAA